UUGCGGGCCAUUGUACAGGUGGAUCUGGAGGAAAGGGUUGCCUCCAAGGAGAAGCUCGCGAAGACGACCAGAGCCAAGGCCGACUACGGCGCAUCUACCGUCCGCUUUGCGGACCACUCCGUAGAGGAGAUGGAGCGCAUGGCUCUCGAGGACCAGGGGGAGAUUUUUGAGGUCGCUUCCAAGUCCUUAAAUCUAAAGGGGACCUUCCAAAAGGCUCUUAAAUGUCAGGCAGCCAGCCUGCUCGGCAUCGUAAAAGAGCUUUCGCAGCGCACUUCGUCCAACGAGACGCAGUUACUGCAGGCAAAAGUCGACCGCCUGCAGAAGGAGAUGUCUGCGCAGCACGCUCGCAUUGCCGAGCUUAUGGCCCGGUCUGAAGGGACCUCGGAAGGUCCAGCGGUGGCGGCAGCGCCCCCCCCCCCCCUCCAACCUUGA